GUUUAACGUUAGCAUUUUCAAAGUAAUAUGAACCGUUAAAAUUUUAUCCAAAACACUAACGCUAAUCUCUAAAGCUAUUUCCAAAAGAGGACAUAUGUGUCAUUGUAUUUUGGUCUCAUGGUUGUCUUUCUUCUAACAUAAUCAUAUCCAUUAUCUAAAAAGGGGCAAAAAUAAAAAAAUUCAGGAGUGAGGAAGUCAUCUGAUACCGGUGGGCGGUGGUUCAGUUGGCAAUCUGGGAUUCUGGGAUCAUCUUAAUCACCCGCUGCAGAGAUGAAUUUGUCACUCUUCAACGGCUCCUGUAGCAGAUAUGGUGUCGGUUGGACCUCAAUAUCAAGGUGCAGUCACCUGCACCCCAGAAGAACUACUCCCCUCGGAGAAUGCUACCAUGAGAAACUGAGGCUAGGGGUUGAGGGGAGGAUUCUAUGCGAGGCUCUUCCGGAAGAAACUGGGUCAUCUGUGAAAAGGCGCAGUCUUGCAGGGUUUACUGGAGCUUUUGUAGCAAAUAUGCUUGUGAUUACUACCGCAAAUGCUUCCGGCAUGCAAGGCAUCAUGGAUCUUCCUGUUUCACUUUACACAAUCGCUGAUGGAAGCAUUGCAGAUUGGUUGGGAGGCUUUGUGUACUCUGCUGGUCAACAGGCAAAUGAGGCUGUCCAAGGCCAGUUGUCAGCUCUCAGUUUUUCUGGUUUAGCUGUCAUAUUUGGAGCAGGCCUUGUAACUAGCCUCUCACCUUGCACGUUGAGUGUUUUACCACUUACCCUUGGUUACAUUGGGGCGUUUGGCUCUGGCAAGAGUCGUGCAAUGGUUGUUGCAGAUUCAGUUGCUUUUGCAUUAGGGUUGGCCACAACACUUGCAUUACUCGGCAUUGCUGCUGCAUUUGCUGGAAAGGCAUAUGGUCAGAUUGGUCCUGGGCUACCUGUGGCUGCUUCUAGUCUAGCUGUUGUUAUGGGGCUUAACUUGUUAGAGGUAAUAGAGUUGCAGCUUCCUUCAUUUUUCAAUAAUUUUGAUCCAAGUGUGGCUGCUGCCCUUUUUCCUUCAAGCGUGCAAGCGUAUUUGGCCGGCCUUACAUUUGCCUUAGCUGCAUCUCCUUGUAGUACGCCUGUACUGGCAACCCUACUUGGAUAUGUUGCUGCAUCCAAGGAUCCAGUUGUAGGAGGCAGCUUACUACUGACAUAUACAACCGGCUAUGUUGCUCCCUUACUUCUUGCUGCUUCCUUCGCUGGAGCAUUGCAGAGUCUGCUCUCAAUCCGCAAGUUCUCCGCAUGGAUCAAUCCAAUCAGUGGUGCACUACUAUUUGGCGGCGGUGUAUUUACUCUUUUGGAUAAGCUUUUUCCUGUUACAAUGACAAUGUAGAUUGGGGCAUUCAGGUUGAUCACUCAAUGGUGUCCCCAGGGGAAUGUUAAAACCAGAUUUUAUGUUUCCAAACGGACGAAGAUGUGUGGACAGAAGGAAGGAUAUUGAUGAGUUUGUGAUUGUACUUUGAUUUUAGAGUAAUCUCUAUAAAUAGUUUUGCAUAUCUAGGGGUAUUUCAUAUUUAGUCUAUAUUUAUCAAAUAUUAUGUUUGCAGUUCUUAUUAGUUUGGUAUCAUUCCACGUUUACUUUAGUCCUC